CUGUAAGUUAUAGAGGAAAUAUCAUAGCAGUUCUCAUUGAUUCAUGAUAUUGAGGCUUCGGGAUGCUUGCCAAGGUAGGUCUUGCUACACUUGAAGCUCUACCACGAGGUCUUACUUUAGAAAUAGCCUCUUGACAUAGCUCAGCUCCGAUCUUGAGAUCUACUUGUAAAACUGGAAGAUCUGGUAAUUUCUGAUUUCUAGAAUCAUCAAGUGAUUUUUUCAUGAAAAUCAUUUGGUUGGUGUUUUUCAUCUCCAAAUUGGAUAUUUUCAGCUCUUUGAGCUUUAAUCCUGUAAUUCUUUGAAUCAGACUAUCCCUGUUGAUAUCUGAUUUUUCUGAUUUUUCUAAUUUUCCUAUACGAACGUUCAAAACGUCACAUGAUUUGACUAAGUACAAAGCUGGAGGAUACAGCUUUUAAUUCCUUGGGUUGUCUAAUAACUCUCUCACAAAAGCAAAAGAAAUCUUUUCUAAACAUCGACAUGAAUUACUCUUAAUCCAGCUUGCCAUUCCUAAAUCAAACAUUAGAUUUCCACUGGUUAUACCAGCUCUUCUACUAUAUUCUUGCACUCACCUUAAAAAAUCUUCUA